AUGAGAAAAAACCAAGGUGAUAACGCUUCCCCCACCACCACCACCUCUUCCCCUGCACUGUAUCCGCUUCCCAUCUCCCGUGCUGCUCCCCCAUCCCUUCCCCACGCUGCUCUCAUCCGCCAUUCCCCCUGCCCCUCCGCGCCCCACCCCCCUCCCAUCCCCUCCCCCCCACCACGCGCGCAUGGUGUGGUGUGGCUACCACACCAGGCGGCCCAAAGCUGCGGCGCUGACGAGGACGAGGAAGGCGAGGAGACGGAGGAGGAGGGGGAGGAGGAAGAGGGGGGAGGGGAUGCAGUGUUGGUCACAGAUGCUGACUCGGACACAGGCCAGAUGGUGGUGUUGCAGCUGAUAUUGGCGCGCAGGAGGGUGAGGGUGCUCGUGAAAGACCCCAAGGAGGCCACUGCUGGAUUCGGGCCCUACGUGCAGCCUAUAGCAGGGUCGGUGGCGGAACAAGCAGCAGUGCGAGCUGCGCUCAGGGGCAGUCAGGCAGUCAUAGUCACGGGCCGGCUGGGAUCGCUGGCACAACUGCUACAGGGGAGCAAAGUGGAGCAUGUGGUGCUGGUAUCCCAGCUGGGGGCUUCGUCGCGCCCAUCAGGUCUGGCGGGGUUGCUCUGGUCCGCAUCGCUGCUGGCAGCGGCGGCAGACGCCGAGGCAGCUCUGGCUGCUGCUGCUGUGGCGGCAGGUGGUGACGGGGAGAGGGGAGCAGCAGGGGAGGCGCGGAGGCGGGGGUUUGGGUGCACGGUGGUGCGAGGGGGGAAGGUGGUGGAUGAACCUGGCCGGCAGAGAGGGCUGCUACUGGGACAGGGCAACACCAUGAAAGGGAGCGUGUCACGGGAGGAUCUGGCAGCCGUGGUGGCGGCAGCGCUGGCAGUGCCUCCGCCUUCCCAGCACAGACGCAUCAUUGAGGUGGUCAACUCUGAUACUCCAAGGGACUCCAACGAUGGAUCUGAUUUCUUGGAACGAAUAGCUGGGCUUUCGACAGAACCAAUCAUAAUUUGA